CCUCUGGAUGCUGGAUUUCGGGGUUUUGGACUCACUCGCGGACUCUGCUCCACUUCCCCGCUCCGGACUGAGCUGGCCGCACGCGGGCCGGGCGGCGGCCGCGGCUCCGCGGGCUUAGAUUGGCCGCGCCGAGGCGGCGGCGGUGGCGGGGUGCGAAGGCGCUGGAAGAAAGUGCUGGUGGCGGCGCGGGAGGCGGUGGCCGCGGCUGCCGGAGCCGACAUGGCCAGGCUCUGAAAGCAUUCCAGCUGAAAUUUCAGAUUGGACAGGCUUGCUGUGGCUUCCGAGGCAGGGACUCCAGGCCUCCAGCGCGCGCUGCUGCCAAGUUGCAGGAUGGUGCACGUAGCCAGGCCGCUGCUACUACUCCUAGCCUUGUUCCUCCGCGCCGAUGCUGAGACACCUCCAAGGUUUACACGAACUCCUGUUGACCAGACAGGGGUCUCUGGUGGAGUUGCCUCGUUCAUUUGCCAAGCUACGGGAGACCCAAGACCUAAAAUUGUCUGGAACAAAAAAGGAAAGAAAGUCAGCAAUCAGAGAUUUGAGGUAAUAGAGUUUGACGAUGGAUCUGGAUCAGUUCUAAGAAUACAGCCCUUACGAACUCCGCGGGAUGAGGCCAUUUAUGAAUGUGUGGCUUCAAAUAAUGUGGGAGAAAUCAGUGUAUCCACCAGACUCACAGUUUUGCGUGAGGACCAGAUUCCCCGGGGCUUCCCCACCAUUGACAUGGGUCCCCAGCUGAAGGUGGUCGAGCGCACACGCACGGCCACCAUGCUCUGUGCAGCCAGUGGGAAUCCUGAUCCAGAAAUCACCUGGUUUAAAGAUUUCUUACCUGUCGACACAAGCAACAACAAUGGCCGUAUUAAGCAGUUACGAUCAGAAUCUAUUGGUGGUACACCAAUAAGAGGUGCCCUUCAGAUCGAACAGAGCGAAGAAUCUGACCAAGGGAAAUAUGAGUGUGUUGCAACCAACAGCGCGGGCACUCGCUAUUCUGCCCCUGCCAAUUUAUAUGUCAGAGGUAGGAGUGCCAUAACCCUGGUGUCAUUUCUGCAUUCAGGCUCAGGCAAGCUGAGAUACCCAUACAGCCUGGAGCUGAUGGAAGUCGCUGUCCCUUUUUCUCCCCCGCAAGCCUUACCCAGGCCUCCAGGGAGCCCCGUAGUGACCGAGAGCACAGCGACCAGCAUUACGCUGACGUGGGACUCCGGGAACCCUGAGCCUGUCUCCUACUACAUCAUCCAGCAUAAACCUAAAAAUUCGGAGGAACCUUACAAGGAAAUUGAUGGGGUGGCAACCACACGCUACAGCGUCGCGGGGCUCAGCCCCUACUCAGAUUACGAGUUCAGGGUCGUGGCUGUCAACAACAUCGGGCGCGGCCCCCCCAGUGAGCCUGUGCUGACGCAGACCUCAGAGCAAGCCCCGUCCAGCGCCCCACGGGAUGUCCAGGCACGGAUGCUGAGUUCAACCACCAUCCUGGUGCAGUGGAAGGAACCUGAGGAGCCCAAUGGUCAGAUCCAAGGAUACAGAGUUUACUAUACCAUGGAUCCAACUCAGCACGUCAACAACUGGAUGAAACACAAUGUAGCUGACAGCCAAAUCACUACUAUUGGCAACUUAGUUCCCCAGAAAACGUACUCUGUCAAAGUCCUGGCUUUUACCUCCAUCGGAGAUGGUCCUCUUUCUAGUGACAUACAAGUCAUCACCCAGACAGGAGUACCAGGGCAGCCACUAAACUUCAAAGCAGAACCUGAAUCCGAAACAAGUAUUUUGCUUUCUUGGACACCACCACGUUCAGAUACCAUCGCCAAUUAUGAACUGGUCUAUAAGGAUGGGGAGCAUGGAGAGGAGCAACGAAUUGCCAUUGAGCCAGGGACAUCUUACAGACUGCAAGGACUGAAACCAAACAGCCUGUAUUAUUUCCGUCUGGCUGCACGCUCUCCUCAAGGCCUGGGUGCUUCUACAGCUGAAAUAUCAGCUAGAACCAUGCAGUCAAAGCCGUCAGCUCCUCCUCAAGACAUUAGUUGCACCAGCCCAAGUUCCUCUAGUAUUUUGGUAAGUUGGCAACCUCCACCGGUGGACAAACAGAAUGGCAUUCUUACUGAAUAUUCCAUCAAGUACACCACCGUGGAUGGAGAAGAUGACAAACCUCACGAGAUUUUGGGGAUUCCUUCGGACACUACCAAAUACCUUUUGGAACAGCUGGAAAAAUGGACUGAGUACCGGAUCACUGUGACCGCCCACACAGAUGUCGGCCCCGGCCCCGAGAGCUUGUCCGUGUUGAUUCGAACCGAUGAAGAUGUUCCUAGUGGUCCUCCUCGCAAAGUCGAGGUAGAGGCUGUCAACUCAACAUCUGUUAAAGUCUCAUGGCGCUCCCCUGUGCCCAAUAAACAGCAUGGCCAGAUAAGAGGAUACCAGGUGCAUUAUGUGAGGAUGGAAAAUGGUGAGCCCAAGGGCCAGCCCAUGCUGAAGGAUGUCAUGCUGGCUGAUGCACAGUGGGAAUUUGAUGAUACUACUGAACAUGACAUGAUCAUUUCUGGGCUACAACCUGAAACUUCUUACUCCCUCACCGUCACAGCCUACACCACCAAAGGGGACGGUGCUCGCAGCAAGCCCAAACUGGUGUCCACCACUGGGGCAGUUCCAGGAAAACCCCGGCUUGUGAUUAACCACACCCAGAUGAAUACUGCUCUCAUUCAGUGGCACCCUCCUGUGGACACAUUUGGACCUCUUCAGGGCUACCGUCUAAAAUUUGGACGAAAGGACAUGGAACCCCUCACGACUCUUGAGUUCUCUGAAAAGGAAGACCACUUUACAGCUACAGACAUCCACAAAGGAGCAUCGUAUAUCUUCAGGCUCUCAGCCAGAAACAAAGUGGGCUUUGGGGAGGAGAUGGUGAAAGAGAUUUCUGUUCCAGAAGAAGUCCCAACCGGAUUCCCUCAAAGCCUCCACUCAGAAGGCACCACUUCAACCUCCGUACAGUUAUCUUGGCAGCCACCUGUCCUGGCAGAAAGAAAUGGCAUUAUCACCAAGUAUACACUUCUGUACAGGGAUAUCAACAUCCCUCUUCUUCCAAUGGAGCAGCUUAUUGUUCCAGCUGACACCACUAUGACACUCAGUGGCUUAAAACCAGAUACCACAUAUGAUGUAAAAGUACGUGCUCACACGAGCAAAGGGCCCGGGCCAUAUAGUCCCAGUGUCCAGUUCAGGACACUGCCUGUGGAUCAAGCAGUGUUUGCAAAAAAUUUUCAUGUCAAAGCAGUAAUGAAGACUUCAGUGCUACUGUCUUGGGAGAUUCCAGAAAAUUAUAAUUCUGCUAUGCCUUUCAAAAUUCUUUAUGAUGAUGGGAAAAUGGUGGAAGAAGUGGAUGGUCGAGCUACCCAGAAGCUGAUUGUCAACCUGAAGCCUGAGAAGUCCUAUUCAUUCGUGCUGACAAAUCGUGGGAACAGUGCUGGGGGUCUACAGCACAGGGUAACAGCAAAGACUGCACCAGAUGUGCUCCGGACCAAGCCUGCCUUCAUUGGGAAGACCAACUUGGAUGGCAUGAUUACCGUGCAACUGCCCGAAGUACCUGCAAAUGAGAAUAUAAAAGGUUACUACAUAAUAAUUGUGCCUUUGAAGAAAUCUCGUGGGAAAUUUAUCAAGCCAUGGGAGAGCCCAGAUGAGAUGGAAUUAGAUGAGCUGCUUAAAGAGAUAUCUAGGAAGCGUAGAAGUGUCCGAUAUGGAAGAGAAGUUGAAUUAAAGCCAUAUAUUGCCGCUCACUUUGAUGUCCUUCCCACUGAGUUCACUCUGGGGGAUGACAAACAUUAUGGUGGAUUUACGAACAAGCAACUCCAAAGUGGUCAAGAAUAUGUCUUCUUUGUGUUAGCAGUGAUGGAGCACACAGAGUCUAAGAUGUAUGCAACCAGUCCCUACUCCGACCCUGUUGUGUCAAUGGAUCUGGAUCCACAGCCAAUCACAGAUGAAGAAGAAGGCUUGAUCUGGGUUGUAGGGCCUGUCCUUGCAGUGGUCUUUAUCAUCUGCAUUGUCAUAGCUAUUCUUCUUUAUAAAAGUAAACCUGACAGGAAGAGGGCAGAAUCCGACUCUAGAAAGAGCAGCAUCCCAAACAGUAAAGAGGUCCCUUCACACCAUCCAACAGACCCAGUCGAACUGAGACGCCUUAAUUUUCAAACACCAGGUUCAGAUGAUUCCGGUUACCCUGGUAACCUUCAUUCUUCAAGUAUGGCUAGCCAUCCUCCAAUACCUAUCUUGGAACUUGCAGAUCAUAUUGAAAGGUUGAAAGCAAAUGACAACUUGAAGUUUUCCCAGGAAUAUGAGUCAAUUGACCCUGGCCAGCAGUUCACAUGGGAACAUUCAAACUUGGAAGUAAACAAACCAAAGAACAGAUAUGCAAAUGUAAUCGCGUAUGACCAUUCCCGGGUUCUCCUAUCGGCAAUAGAAGGCAUCCCAGGAAGUGACUAUGUGAAUGCCAACUACAUAGAUGGCUAUAGGAAACAAAAUGCCUAUAUUGCCACACAAGGGGCUCUCCCCGAAACAUUUGGGGACUUUUGGAGGAUGAUAUGGGAGCAGAGGAGUGCCACUGUCGUUAUGAUGACAAAACUGGAAGAACGGUCCAGGGUGAAGUGUGACCAGUAUUGGCCCAGUAGAGGCACAGAAACCCACGGGCUGGUCCAAGUGACGCUGCUCGAUACCGUGGAGCUGGCCACAUAUUGUGUUCGAACAUUUGCACUUUACAAGAAUGGUUCAAGUGAGAAGAGAGAAGUGAGACAAUUUCAGUUCACCGCCUGGCCUGAUCAUGGUGUUCCAGAACACCCGACACCUUUUCUAGCGUUCUUGCGGAGAGUGAAAACCUGUAACCCUCCUGAUGCAGGCCCUAUGGUUGUGCACUGCAGUGCGGGAGUUGGCCGAACUGGUUGUUUCAUCGUAAUAGAUGCCAUGUUAGAAAGAAUAAAGCAUGAAAAAACUGUAGAUAUUUAUGGCCAUGUAACUUUAAUGAGAGCCCAGAGGAAUUAUAUGGUUCAAACAGAAGACCAGUACAUCUUUAUCCACGAUGCACUGUUAGAAGCAGUGACUUGUGGAAAUACCGAAGUGCCAGCUAGAAACUUGUAUGCCUACAUUCAGAAGCUGACACAAAUAGAAACAGGAGAGAAUGUCACAGGAAUGGAGCUUGAAUUUAAGCGUCUAGCCAGCUCUAAAGCUCACACCUCAAGAUUCAUCAGUGCCAAUCUUCCAUGUAAUAAAUUCAAAAAUCGCCUUGUUAAUAUUAUGCCAUAUGAAUCCACAAGGGUAUGCCUGCAGCCGAUCCGAGGAGUGGAAGGAUCUGAUUACAUCAAUGCCAGUUUUAUUGAUGGAUACAGACAACAGAAAGCCUACAUUGCUACCCAGGGGCCCUUGGCAGAGACCACUGAAGACUUCUGGCGGAUGCUCUGGGAGCACAAUUCCACCAUCGUUGUGAUGCUCACCAAGCUGCGUGAGAUGGGCAGAGAGAAAUGUCACCAAUAUUGGCCAGCAGAACGAUCUGCAAGAUACCAAUACUUUGUUGUAGAUCCCAUGGCGGAGUACAAUAUGCCUCAGUAUAUCCUAAGAGAAUUCAAGGUCACAGAUGCCAGGGACGGUCAGUCCCGAACAGUAAGGCAGUUCCAGUUCACUGACUGGCCAGAGCAAGGAGUGCCUAAGUCUGGAGAAGGAUUCAUUGACUUCAUUGGCCAAGUCCAUAAAACAAAAGAGCAGUUUGGCCAAGAUGGACCCAUUUCAGUCCAUUGCAGUGCGGGCGUUGGAAGAACUGGAGUCUUCAUAACACUAAGCAUUGUUUUGGAAAGAAUGAGAUAUGAAGGCGUUGUAGAUAUCUUCCAGACUGUCAAAAUGUUAAGAACACAACGGCCAGCCAUGGUACAGACAGAGGAUCAGUAUCAGUUCUGCUAUCGAGCCGCACUAGAGUACCUGGGCAGCUUUGAUCACUAUGCAACGUAGAAACCCCUGACUCAUUUUGGAUUUUUACUGCAGGCCCUUCAAUAUCCAUGGAGUCUCUUCUGAGCCAUACAGGGCACUUGAGAAGUCCUUCUUAACUUCUAGCUAACAACCACUUAGUGGGACUAUUAUACACAAAAAAUUAAAAACUCUUCCGGUGGACCAAGAAUUCACAGUUUAAUAAUCUAACCUGAAAAAUAAUAAUGUGAAUCCUGACUGAUGAGGCAUCUGAAGGAGCUUAUUUGCAGAUAACCUCAAGGAUUCCAAAACAGAGGGAAGAAGAAAUCACAGCAAAGAACCACCGUCUUAUUCAGGAUUGCUCGGAAGACACGAGGAGAAAUGUCUGAGGGCUGCCAGGCAUCUGCCCAUGUGGCUACUCAUAAUACAACGGACUCUGCUUCAACGUCACCCCUUCCCACCACACUGCUCAUAAUAACAUUUUAGGGGGAAAGGAGGAGGGAAUGUUUAAAAAGAAAGUCUUUGAUUUAGUUUUUUAGUAUUGUAAAGAUACUGCUGACCUGUGCUUCAUUUUUAACUGUGUAAACUUUUUUUUAACAGAAUGUAUCAUUCGAUAAAAGUGAAUUUUAAAAAAGUUACAUAACUCUUCAUUUUUUAUUUCCAGAUUGUAGGUUUUUUUAAGCUGUAGAACUGUUUAUCUGUAAUCUCUUGUGUAGAAAUAUCAAAUAAUUUGAAAAUUUGCACAUUUUUGUGCAAUAUUCUUAAUCUAUACUCUCAGUCCCGUCACAUGUUACUUUUACACUUCUGUUGGGUUUUGGUUGGUGAGAAAAUACCCAUUGUCUUCAAAUAAUUGAUGAUAACUGUUUGUUUUGAUUUUGGAAUCAACAGGGAGGCGCAAAGUAUAAAGUUGCUGCUAACAUAUAUACAUAGAUAUCCGUACUUUAUAGGGGCAUCUAUGUAUAUAUAGACAGACAGUGUGUCCAUACAGAAAAGAUAGAUAUAGCUAGCCUUCAGUUCUUCCAUGAUUUAGGGUUUUGUUUUUUGUUUUUUGUUUUUUUGUCUUAAGGUAGAAAAGCUCUUUAAACAUCUUUUUCAAUUUGUUACUUUGACAUCUUUUGGUAUUUCUUAAUAAUAUCCCCAAAUUUUAAUUUGUUAAGGGAAAUGACGAAUGCACAUCAGUGAUUGUCAAACCUCACCCCCUGAUUUCUUACCCAAUUUCCCCCCCACCCACCUACUCACAUUCACAAAUAACAUUUCGUUAGCCAGGCUUCCUACAAAGUUCAACAUGUCUAACACUCUAGUGCAAUAAAAAAUUAUUAAAUAUCUAAGAGGUGUGCAUGUGGGAAAGGUCAGUGCAUAUCCCUUUAGGAGGGGAGAAUGUUGUAAUAUAUCAGCUAUCAAGUUGUUUAAAAAACAGUGUAUUCAAUCGUAUAUUGUCUAUAGUAUGUGCUAUGAAAUUUGCAUUUAUGAUAUAUAACAGGGGCAAAGCCAAACUCAUGUUACUCUGUUCAAACAAACAUUUUGUGGCCUACAGCAUUCCUGGGAAGUGCUGUACUUUGUUUUCUUUUGGUUUAGUUUUGCAUUUAGAGUGCCUUAUAAUUGAUGCCUAUUUUAAUAUAGCAUUUCUUUUUACCUUUGGUUCCUAUUAUUUCCAUUAGUUGUUCAUAUGUUAUUCUUCCAAUUAAAGCAUUAUCUGUUUACCA